AGAGAGAAAUAUGGAAGAAAAAGAUAACGGCAGAGAAAAAGACAGUCAGUGACACAUGAAAAUCAUUCAGACAACAUUCUGGAGUCAAGGAAGUAUAGAAGAAGAAAAAUCAGGAACAAUUAAUCUGGUUUUCACACCUGCAGUCAAACUGAGCACAGAAUUUUAAUACAGACCAAAAGAGAGCAGAGGAAAGAGAACGGUAAAACAGUGACCAGAUAAGGAAUUAAUCACAUCAGAUUGUUUGCGAGCAAGCUGUGCACUCCGCCUGUGCUGGAGAGAGCGUGCGUAUAUAUGCAUGUGAUUGUGUGUGGAUAGAGACUGCAUUGACGCUUACUGACGGAGACUGAACCUCGCAGAAUCCACCACUUUUUUUUCUUGUUGCUCUUGCACAUCUUCCUGUGUGGCAUCAGCAUGUCAGGGGGAUUUGGCAAAACACAGAGCAAGCUCCUUGGAAAAGGAAUGCGUUGGUAAAUGUUCUGAAGAUUCACAGGUUUCUAGGUGGAGCCUGGUGGUCUCAGCAACUGGGAGGGGAAGUGAAAUAGCUCAAACCCCCAGAGAGGGACAGUGGGAGUCAGGGUAGGUGUGUGCUGGCACAGGGGGUCUGUGUGGAUGCAGGAAGGAGGAGUGGGCCACAGCACUGGAAAAGAGAGAAUUGUUGCUGCGUUGGUAUCGGUAGAACAAGGCGCAUGGCUGGUGUGGGCCCACUUUCAGCAAUGAGAAGCAGCCGCAGAAGAGCAACUCAUGAAUAACAAGCUCCACUCCUGGAGAAGGAUGGUCUGAGAAGCUUCAAGCUACUCCUGCCUGGUCUGACAGGAGGGGACUACUCCCCAGGAGGGCGCUUUUUUCUUUUCUUUUUCUUUUUUUCUUUGUACAUUUUUCAUAGUUUUUUAUCAUCUUUAAAGGGAGUGUUCUCCACCAAAACCCUGGCUUCUUUUUCAAGACUGAUUUUGUUUGGUUCUUCGUUGCUUUUCUCUUCUUUUUGAGGUUCGGGGUAUUUGCCAAAACCUAUUUCAUGCAUGUCCACUGGAGGCAGGUUCAAUUUUGAUGAUGGGGGAUCAUACUGUGGAGGGUGGGAAGAGGGAAAGGCCCAUGGCCAUGGAAUCUGCACAGGACCCAAGGGCCAAGGCGAGUAUGCAGGCUCCUGGAGCCACGGCUUUGAGGUGGUGGGCAUCUAUACCUGGCCCAGUGGGAACACCUAUCAGGGGACAUGGGCACAAGGCAAGCGUCAUGGCAUUGGAGUUGAGAACAAGGGCAAGUGGGUUUAUAAGGGUGAGUGGACACAUGGAUUUAAGGGACGCUACGGUGUACGGGAGAGCACAGGAACCAGCAGCAAGUAUGAGGGUACGUGGAACAACGGCCUACAGGAUGGGUAUGGAACGGAGACGUAUUCUGAUGGAGGUACAUACCAAGGCCAAUGGAUGGGCGGUAUGCGGCACGGCUAUGGUGUACGGCAGAGUGUUCCAUACGGCAUGGCAGCCAUCAUCCAUUCACCUCUGCGUACCUCCAUAAACUCUUUACGUUCCGAGCACAGUAACGGCACAGCGCUGCUGACUGGCGAUCGGGCGCCUGUAGCCGGAGUAGGGAGCGGAGGUGUCCUAGCAGCGGGCAGCCCAGCAGUGUCCCGCGGAGGCUUUGUGCUGAUGGCCCACAGUGAGGCUGAGCUAUUGAAAAACAAAAAGAAGGGCUUGUUUCGCCGCUCACUCCUGAGUGGCCUCAAGUUGCGAAAAUCAGAGUCUAAGAGCUCUUUAGCCAGCCAGCGCAGCAAGCAGAGCUCCUUCCGUAGCGAGGCUGGCAUGAGCACUGUCAGUUCAGCCGCAUCCGACAUCAACUCGACCAUCAGCCUGGGGGAUGGUGAAGGGGAGUCACCGGUGGGGGAUGACGACGUGGAUGCCACUACCACCGAGAGUUAUGCCGGCGAAUGGAAGAAUGACAAGAGGACUGGCUGUGGGGUGAGCCGCCGUUCCGACGGACUGCAGUACCAGGGUGAAUGGUUGGGCAACAAAAGGCAUGGCUACGGAUGCACCACCUUUCCUGACGGCACCAAGGAAGAGGGCAAGUACAAACAGAAUGUACUUGUCAGUGGUAAACGCAAGAACCUCAUACCGCUACGCGCCAGCAAGAUCCGUGAGAAAGUGGACAGGGUGGUAGAAGUGGCAGACAAGGCAGCUGACAUCGCAAAGCAGAAGUCAGAAAUUGCGCUGUCAAGGACGGCUCAUGCCAGAGGGAAAGCGGAAGCAGCGACAGUAACAGCACAGAAAGCCCAGGAAGAGUGCAGACUGGCCCGGAUCACCGCCAAAGAGUUCUCCCCCUCUUUCCAGCACAGAGGAAACAGAGUGGAGUGCCAGCGACCCAAACAGCAGAACUCCAGUGAGAACGACGUGGAGGUGAUCUCCAGCGGAACAGCAGACAGCACCGAACUCUAUAUGAAGGGCUCCACGCCCCCGGACCUAACUCCAGAUGUGAGCCCCACCCCCAGCCGGCCCUCCACACCUCCCCGAAGCCCCACCACCAAAGUUUCCCUCCGCACCAAAAACGCCCGCUUCCUGCGGCAGAGCGCAGUGGAUGAGGAGCGCGGAGGAACACAAGAGAUCCAGGUGCUGAUGGAGGGAAGAGGUGGUGGGGGUUCGGGUGGAGAGAACUUGAGGGCGAACAGCUGGAGCGAGGACAAGCGCCCCUCCCAAGGGGGCAGUAGUAGAGGGGGUAGCCGGGGCAGUAGUCGCUCCACAACGCCCUCAGUGCAGGAUGAGGUGCGGGCUGGGGCAGCACGGGCCAAUGGUCACAAGCACUCCUCCAAUCACAAGCCUCGAGAUCACAGUUUGUCCAAUCACAAAGCCUUGCGGGACAGGAGGGAUGGUCCCUCAGCUUCUUGGACCUCGCAACGGAUACAUGGGGACAGUUUGGCCCACUCCCGCCUCCUAGAGCAAGACGAGGAGAAACUGAGCAAUUACGAAAUGGAGAUGAGGCCGUUGCAGCCAAUGGACUCCCAUAAUUCACAGAAGCCCUAUGGGCACGGGGAGGAGUGGCACAUUCACGUGGAGUCACGUGGACAUAUGCUACAGCGACGGGGCAAAAAUCGAGAGCGGGAGCGGGAUGUCCGAGAUGCCUCAGGGGCCAGGGACGCCCGGGAGGGGCCGGCCCAAGACUCAGUGCAAAAGUUGGACAGUCUACGCGUUGGGGAAAAGCUAGAGGCUCGGCCCCUGCGUAGGGACCUCACACUUUCACCCCCACAAAAAUCCCCACCUAUUGCACUAGAGCACGAUGACGAGAAUCAGUCUCAACUCAAAGUAAACUCGGGCUCCAACUCAAUUCUGGUUGUCAUGGUGAUUUUGCUCAACAUCGGAGUCGCCAUUUUGUUUGUCCAUUUUUUUAUUUAAAAAACACUGCAUUGCCUAUAAUUUCCUCUUGUUCGGCUAUACUCUAUUAUCAAAUCAUUUAUCAUGACUGAUAUGGCCCAGGCCUGUUCUUUUUUUUUUUAAACAAACAAACAACCAACUACUUCUAUUUAUGUCACAGCAUGUCAAUAUGCUGAGGAUGGCAACACAAAACGGGGCUCAACAGUUCUGUCUGCUUCUCUGUCUCCAAAGAGCUAUUUCAUUCCUUUUUUUUUAUCUGAAAUAUAGACUUAAAAGCAUCCUUCUGAACUUCUAGUUUUAACCUAUGUAUUCAGUUACUCAUUAACAUUGUUCUAAAUCGAUAUACUUGUUUCUUUUUUAUUUCAUAUUUCCUUACUUGCCUUUUCUUGACAAUGCUGGUGGCUUUGUUUCUGUUUUCAUUUGGGUUUGGUUUGUAUUUUGGGUGCUGGACUGAUACGAAUGGUGGCUUUGGUGAGGGAGGGUGCGCAAGGUGGUGUAAGGGUGUAAAGCGCAACCACCAUCGACAUCUUAUCGUUUGACGGCAAUGUUACACAGCCAUGAUAUCAACAGGUUCAAAGUGAUGGAUAAACGGCCCCUGUCUAACCCUACCUGCCUUCCUCUUGCACCACUCCUAAGCAUUGCUUAUGUUUCUCCAUGUCCUCACUUUUGUGACUCAUCGGAAUCAGACACCAAGUGUUCUUCUCAUGUCCUAUACACCUUCAUUUCCCCCUGUGUGGUACAUCUCAAACUACAGUGCAAGUGGGCCCAGAAUGUCAUGGUGGGCCAGAAAUGAAAUUUCAAGCUGUUGAAUGAUUUCUCUUUUUUAUAAGUUGGUUUCAGUCCUCUAAUCUAAUUGGACAAGAGUUGUUCCAGAAGUGCUGAUAUUUAGUAGUAGGGCUAACAACUUAAAUUCACUUGCUAGUAGAAAAUGUUUCAAAUGUCAAAAAUCAAUCUGGCCAACAACUGCUAAAAAAGCUUAAGCACAGCUACACUAAAGUGGGUUAGUAAAAGUUAAAAUUUGGUUUUCACAGAGGGAAAGCACCACCAAUUUAUCAGUAUCUGUAGUAGUGGAUGUAACCCACAUGCAUUUGAAAAAAAUCCAAAAUCCAAAAGUUCUACGAUCUGAAAGGGCUUCAUCAUAUAUCAUGAAACAUUCUCAGCAGAAUAAAUCAUAACACACUUCGAGUGAUUUAUCUUUCUAUAAAUAGGUUCUGCAUUUAUAUGAUUAUAUUGUGCAUUCAUUAAGGCAUUUAAUCUUUUGAAACACACUUCUCAGUUUGAGCUCUAGACAGGAGAAUCUCAUGAAACCCAUCUAGAACAUGCCCAGGUCAUAUUUCACCCCAAAAUCUAAAUAAAUAUUUAGCAAAAAGAAAAAAGAUAAUUAAGCACAUUUUACACAACCACAAACCCAUCAUUUUCAAUA